CAGAGAUAGGCAGCUGAUAGGAAUUAAAUGUUGUUAAUGAAGCCCGUAAAUACCGGCGAGAGUUACCCAUUCAGAAUCAAGGAGUUUCGAGCAGUUCAUUGGGGAUCGCGAGGUUGCAAAGAGUGCAUUGUCUGGAUUACACGCAAUAUUAGAUUUCUGUUUGGAAGAUGAGCUUUGGCAGCUUUGGCCCUGUUGGAAGCCUAACCAACCUUGGUAGUCAGGAAAAUCGCCUGGCGUCAAACAAGAUGGACGCGUCUCGGUUGCAGUUUGCUCCCAAGACAAAACAAAGGACCGUGCUGGGCGAACUGAGCGAGAACGAGCAGUGCAGCCGGUUCCACAGUCAGGGUGGCCAACACUCCAAGCAUGGAUCAGGUUUGGAAAAUGCAUUCCCUGCAGUCUCGUCGACAAGCAUCCCGUCCUGUUUCUCCAGUUCAAGCUUCGACAUCUAUGUUGACGAACCGAGUGCGGUCGUAGUACCGGUCCCAAGCGCGAUGGUGGCGCCCGGGCCCACGAUGCACGACGAGGACAUGGCUGCUAUGCAGCACAAGGACUUCAGACUCUUCUUGGAGCUUAGUGCAGGAUCCUGUAUGGAUGCCUCCAUGUUGUCUCAGCCAGAGGAUGACUCUCCCCAUGCCCAUGAUAUCCUAACUAUGGCAGAAUAUGCUGGGGACAUUCACCAACACUUGCGGGACUCUGAGGUGAGGCUCCGGCCCAAGGCUGGCUACAUAAAGAAGCAGCCGGAUAUCACCAACAGCAUGCGUGUUGUCCUGGUGGACUGGCUGGUCGAGGUUGGGGAGGAGUACAAGCUGUGUGCAGAGACCAUUUACCUGGCCGUGAACUACAUGGACCGCUUCCUAUCCUGCAUGUCCGUUCUCCGUGGGAAGCUGCAGCUCGUGGGCACAGCUGCCAUCCUCCUGGCGGCGAAAUACGAAGAGAUCUACCCUCCAGAGGUGGACGAGUUUGUUUACAUCACAGAUGACACCUACUCCAAGAAGCAGCUUCUGAGGAUGGAGCACCUGCUUCUCAAAGUUCUCUCCUUUGACAUGACUGUGCCCACAAUCCAUCAGUUCCUCAGGCAGUUCAUGGUUGUAGAACCUGUUUGUUCCACAACAGAGAACCUGGCUCUGUAUGUUGCAGAGCUAAGCUUGCUGGAGGUUGACCCGUUCCUGCUGCAUCUCCCAUCCAAGGUUGCUGCAGCAGCCUACUGCCUUGCCAACUACACCAUGAACAAGGCCUUAUGGCCUGACUCCCUACAUGCCUUCACCGGCUAUUCCCUGGCGGAAAUUGCUCCUUGUCUGAAGGAUCUGCAUAAGCUUUACCAGAGUGCUGACCGUUGCCCCCAGCAGGCCAUCAGGGAGAAGUACAAGGGCUCAAGGCAUGGUGGUGUGUCGCUCAUCAGUCCUCCAAGGUCCCUGCCUUUUCACUGAUGCCCAGUACCCCUCCACGGACAUGCCCAAACUCAGCGCUUGCACCUCCUCGGGAGACCACUCAUGAGACAUGACUCAUGCUAACUUUUAAUAUUUUUAAAAUUGUUUUUAAAUCUUGUAUAGAUUGUAUCAUAGGUAGUUAUCAAGUAACACAUUUUUUUUUAAACUAAGUAUUUGUAACCUGCUUCUGACCCCUGUACUGUUUAUUGUGGAUGUAUUUGUCAGCUGAGCAGUCCAGUCUCCAUGUGCUUUUAAACUGGUGGUUUUUAAUCCAUUUGUCUAGCAAAUUCAGGAUGGCAAUCAUUUUUUGGGCUGAAACUGCUGCAUGGAAUUAUGACUUGAACCUGUGUGCUGUGUUUACCAUGUGAUUAAAGAAGCAAGUAACA